GAUCUUGCCUUCUCAACCCCACACCAACCAUAACAUGCCAAGACCACCACCACUCGGCCACCGCAACCGCCCACUUCUCCUUCUCAUCCUCCUCCUCUCAAUCACCACCAAUGCCGCCACCGCUCAACAAUUCCGUGAGGCCCCCAAGUUCUACAACUCCCCGACCUGCCCUUCUAUUUCUCGAACCACCACCACAGACCUCUGCUCCGAUGAGGCAGUCCACGUAGCAAUGACCCUCGACGGCGCUUACCUCCGUGGCUCAAUGGCCGCCAUUCUCUCCGUCCUCCAACACUCCUCCUGCCCAGAAAACGUCUUCUUCCAUUUCAUCUCCUCCUCCUCCUCCUCCAACCUCCUCAGCACCAGCCUCUCCACCUCCUUCCCAUACCUCAAGUUCCGAGUCUACCACUUCGACGACUCGGCCGUCUCAGGCCUCAUCUCCACCUCCAUCCGGGCAGCCCUGGACUGUCCUCUCAACUACGCGCGCAACUACCUAGCCAAUCUCCUCCCUCCAUGUGUCCGCCGCGUCGUCUACCUCGACUCCGACCUGGUCCUCGUCGACGACAUUGCCAAGCUCGCCGCGACCCCGCUCGGCGAUAAGACCGUCCUCGCCGCUCCCGAGUACUGCAACGCCAACUUCACCUCCUACUUCACGCCAUCGUUUUGGUCCAACCCGUCUCUUUCCCUCACCUUUGAAGGUCGCGAGGCGUGUUACUUCAACACGGGCGUGAUGGUCAUCGACUUGCAGCGGUGGAGAGCCGGGGACUACACGACGAAGAUAGUGGAGUGGAUGGAGCUACAGAAGCGGAUGCGGAUCUACGAGCUUGGCUCGCUGCCACCGUUUUUGCUGGUUUUCGCCGGGAACAUAGCUCCGGUGGAUCACAGGUGGAACCAACAUGGGCUCGGCGGUGACAACUUUCGUGGGUUGUGUAGGGAUUUGCAUCCGGGUCCGGUGAGUCUCUUGCAUUGGAGUGGGAAGGGAAAGCCCUGGGCUCGGCUCGACGCCAACCGGCCGUGCCCUUUGGAUGCGUUGUGGGCUCCUUAUGAUCUGUUGCGGACACAGUUCGCUAUCGAGUCUUAGAAAUGGUAUAAUGGGUUUUUCACUUAAUAAAUCUUUAUUUUUUUUUGAAAUUUUGAGAGGAAUUGGGCGAUGGCUCACGAUAUGUGUCAUAUGAGAUGAUCAGAUCGAUCCAAAGUGUUAAACAUCUCUCUUUCUCUCUGUGGGAACGUCGUUUUGUACAUUAUACAGCCAUUAACAGAUCUUACAGAAA